GAAGAAGUGGUUUUAUUAAUUGCACAAUUGUAUACAGCCGGCGGCUAUAUAUAUCAAAGAAGAUGCUACUCCGUAUACACUAACCCUUCUUCUAUCUCCUCCUCUUUUCCGCCACCCUUUCGCCGGAAACAGUCGCCGGAAAUAAUCUCCACCACCCUGCCACCCCCCAUAUAUAUAUAUCACUGCUAGCUUAGCUUAAUUAGCUAGCCUUAAUUUAUCCAAAAAAUGGAUACGAACUAUUUGCAAUUGUUCGUCGACGAGACUUCGUUCACCAACCGGAUGGUGCUCGGAACGCUGCUUCCGGCCAAAAUCUGGGAACCGUUACCGCACUUUUUUCAGACGUGGCUCCGGAACUACACUUCCGGAACCUUGGUUUAUUUCAUCACAAGUUUACUUUGGAGCUUCUAUGUUUAUUUCUACAAGCAUAACGUUUAUGUUCCUAAAGAUGCUAUCCCUUCAAGAAAAGCGGUGCUUUUACAGAUAUAUGUUGCAAUGAAGGCGAUGCCAUGGUACUGUGCGCUUCCCACGAUCUCGGAGUACAUGGUUGAAAACGGAUGGACUAGAUGUUUUCCGCGGAUAAGUGACGUGGGCUGGUUUUCGUACGUGUUAAACUUGGGUUUUUAUCUCGUACUCGUUGAGUUCGGGAUUUACUGGAUGCAUAGAGAGUUGCAUGAUAUUAAGCCUCUCUACAAAUACCUUCAUGCAACUCAUCAUAUCUACAAUAAGCAGAACACACUUUCACCUUUUGCUGGUUUGGCAUUCCAUCCGCUAGAUGGGAUACUGCAAGCGGUUCCACACGUGAUUGCGCUAUUCCUAGUACCGAUGCAUUUCACGACACACAUAGGGCUUUUGUUUAUUGAAGCGAUAUGGACUGCAAACAUUCAUGAUUGUGUAGACGGGAAGAUGUGGCCAGUGAUGGGUGCAGGGUACCACACGAUUCAUCACACAACAUAUCGUCACAACUAUGGGCAUUAUACCGUAUGGAUGGACUGGAUGUUUGGUACCCUUCGUGAUCCUUGUGAGGAAGAGAACAAGAAGAUAUGAUUCAGAUUUGUUAUUCGUGUAAAUGGUGAGCGAUGUUCGCUUCGAUUCAUUUGAUUUUAUUGGUAAGGUAGAGAUGAACAGCAUUCGGUUCGCUUUUUAAGGGUCUUGGUUAAUGCUGGAUUUCUCUUUGAAACUGAUUUAUUUAU